AUGCUGAUAGCGACACCCAACCAUUUUUCAACCAGUGGAUCGCCAGGUUUGGAGUUCUUUGGAUCCUUACGCAUCACGACAGACCAGGGUAGACAAUUUGAGUCCCCUCUGUUUAAGAAAUUGAACACCUUACUGAGAACUCAACAUUUCUAUACCACAGCCUAUCAUCCAGCAGCAAACUGUCUCGUAGAACGUUUCCACAGACAAUUCAAAGCAGAGAUAAAAUGUCACGCAGAUGAAAGGUGGACAGAAACGCUUCCCAUCGUUCUACUAGAAAUCAGAGCGGCGUGGUGCGAUGAUCUCAAAUCAGCGUCAGCAGAAUUGUUCUUCGGCGAAUCUUUACGAUUGCCAGGUGAAUUUUUCGCUUUUCGCACAGGAACAGAUUUCCAGGUGACAACACAGUUCGUGGAAGACAUAAGGAGACACUUCCAGAAUUUAAAACUAGCGCCCGGAAAUCGCCACGGAAAAAGACAAGCUUUUGUCUUUGAGAAUCCUUUGAAGUCGCCAGCCGUUCCGAAAAAACAUUCAAAGUGGUCAUGA